UUCUCUGUAGCCUCAGCCUCAAGGGCGUGGCUCCAAAACAGAUGCUAAUAAAACCCAGGAGAGCUGCAGCCCGCAGCCUGGAGACCAGCAGGAGGUACUGGGGCAGCCAGUCAUUGGAGUUGCUGGCAGACUGGCCCUCAGACUUUGCCCAACUCCCUUCCCAACCAGCUUCAGAUGCUCAUGGCAUCCCCCGGAGCCCUGCUCCUCUGCGCACUGGUCCUGGCAGUCUCUGAAGGAAGGGGUCGGGAGGCAGCCAUCCCAGGCUGCCACUUGCAUCCCUUCAAUGUGACAGUGCGAAGUGACCCUCAAGGCACCUGCCAGGGGUCCCAUGUGGCACAGGCCUGUGUGGGCCACUGUGAGUCCAGCGCCUUCCCCUCCCGGUACUCUGUGCUGGUGGCCAGCGGUUAUCGGCACAACAUCACCUCCGUGUCUCAGUGCUGCACCAUCCAUGGCCUGAGGAAGGUGAAGGUACAGCUGCAGUGCACAGGGAGCCAGAGCGGUGAGCUUGAGAUCUUCACGGCCAGGGCCUGCCGGUGUGACAUGUGCCGCCUCUCACGCAUCUAGCCGCUAGAAGGAGUCCUAGUCCUGCUGUCCACUUGCACGAGAUCGUUUACACAGGAGCUGCUCCAGCUCUGACCUUCUGAGUAACUCGCAGUGGCUGCCUCCUGAGAAGGGGGUUCCUGUUUCUUCCUCAUCUCCUCUGCCUGAUCCUUCUAUCCAGUCUCCCAUCCCUUCCUGCCCUUCUCUGUUCCUGCCCCACAAUAAAGCAAGCAGUUCUUGA